UUGGUUGUGUCCGUCAGGCUCGUCCACGUUGUACGUGUAGGUGCACUGACGUUAACGUGUGAUACGGGCAGUUCAUAGUCCGCGUUCUUACGUCGAGUCUGUUUUAUGAUAAACCAGAUAUUCAUAUAUUCAUAUAUUCAUAGCCCUGCUGCAUCGUGACCGGUCAACGCAGUCGUGCUUUUGAACCGAGCAGCUACAAUGCAAAUGAAAGAGGAGACGAUAGCCACCUUAAAGCAGUCUGACAUCGGGAACAGGUUCGCCUCUGUCCCGGUGCUGCCCAGAGCCUCGGUGCUGGUCCCGCUGAUGGUGAAGGACGGGGAGCUGUGCGCCCUGAUGACCCUGAGGUCAACAGAGCUUCGGACCAGUGCUGGAGAGGUGUGUUUCCCCGGCGGGAAGAGAGACCCCAGUGAUGGAGAUGAUGUGGACACGGCCCUGAGAGAGGCCGAGGAGGAGAUAGGUCUACCAGCUUCAGACGUGCAGGUGGUCUGUAGAUUGGUCCCCAUCAUCAAUAAGAGUGGUCUGUUGGUGACCCCCGUGGUUGGCUUCAUAGACGAGUCAUUUCGUCCCUGUCCAAACCCAGCCGAGGUCAGCGCCGUGUUCACGGUCCCUCUGGACUUCUUCACCAGUGACAAGGACCACUAUGCCUCUCACGGUGCUGCUGGGACGAUGAAGUUGCUGCACUCUUUUUAUUUCGUGGACCCCGAUUCAGGACGCCAGUAUCACAUAUGGGGCCUCACUGCCAUGUUCGCCAUACUGGUUGCUGCCAUUGCUCUCAGGAGGAAACCUGAGUUUGAUGUUGUUUUUGACCCCGAGGAUCCGUUAUCCUUCUUCCAACAGAUUUUACACAGAAGAACUAGUAAACUAUGACGAAGAAGUUUUUCUGAUGUUUGUAAUGUAUUUGUGUUAAUACAAAACACCUAAAGCCAGAUUUGUCAUAGCUGCAGAGCAUUCAUUUAAAACAUUAAUUGUGAGGAUAAGAGUGCAAUGUGUAACUUUUUCUUGAAUGCAAUAUUUGCUUAAAAAGAUUAAUAUAAAAAAAACCUGUAAAUCUUAUUAUAACCAGUGUAUCUAAAAGGA